ACCAACCGCAACCUUAGUAGCUCUCAUGUCCUCCUCUACUCCUCUCUCAUUCUUCUUCUUCCGCCUUUAAAAUACUCUAAAGAGAGGUCUUAUUUCACUUCAAGUCUCCUCUUUCACAUGUAUAUAUACUCGAUUUCUUCGAUCAUCAUUGUCAGGCCCUCUCUAAAUCUCCAUUGCUGCUUCUUCCGAACCUGAAAACCCAGAAACAAGAAUCGAAACUUGAAAGCCUAUCUGAAAAGAAAACAGAUUUCAGAAAGAAAAAAAACCCAGAAAAGAAAAAUCGAAACUUGAUCAAGCUGAGGACAUGAGGUCCAAGACCCAAUCUUCCAUCAAUCUGAAGCUCGUCUUCAUCUGCUGCUCGGUCUUGGUCUUGCUCGUCCUCUUCUUGACAAGAACCAACGUUUCUUCCUCUUCAAACAACACGGUCUCCAGAAACAGUCUCUCCAAUUCAACCGGCCGCGAGGAAGGAGAUGAAGAUCAUCACAAACCCAGAUGCCCAUCACCUCACUUGAAUCCGUCCUGCACGAAAAUGCCAGCUUCUUUAGCUGACGCAUUGGUUCACUAUGUGACCACAAGCAUCACUCCACAGCAGACAUUCGACGAAGUCUCUGUCUCGAAAAGAGUCUUGGACAAGAAGUCUCCUUGUAACUUCCUCGUCUUCGGCUUAGGACACGACAGCUUGAUGUGGGCUUCGCUCAACCACGGUGGCCGGACAUUGUUCCUCGAGGAAGACAAGUCUUGGAUCGAAACUGUGACCCAGAAAUUCCCCAAUUUGGAAUCUUACCACGUCAUCUAUGAUACGAAAGUGAAAGAUUCCGACAAACUCAUGGAACUCGGCAAGACCGAAGACUGUAAGACCGUAUCAGAUCCCAGAGAUUCGAAAUGCGCUCUGGCUCUGAAGGGUUUUCCUGCGGACGUAUACGAGACGGAAUGGGAUCUGAUAAUGGUCGAUGCACCAACUGGCUACCACGAGGCGGCGCCGGGACGGAUGAGCGCCAUUUACACGGCCGGGCUGAUGGCUCGGAACCGUGAGAGCGGCGAGACAGACGUGUUCGUGCACGACGUGGACAGACCAGUGGAGGACGAGUUCUCGGCCACGUUCUUGUGCGGAGGGUACUUGAGAGAGGAGCAAGGGAGGCUCAGGCACUUCACCAUCCCUAGCCACCGAGCUCGUGCCGGAAGACCCUUUUGUCCGGCGGAAGGGGCCCCACAGCCACCGGAGACGGUUUCCCGGCGGCCCCAUUUUCCAGGGGCUGGGAUGGCCGCCGGCGGAAGCCGUGGCGUGUUCUAG